AUGGAUUUAUAUACUUUAACGACACAGUUAAACCAAACUCAGUUUUCCUGUGAAGAAAAUGGUACCGUUUGUGAUGGUACUUCUUGUUUGUUGCCAGAAGAUAAUUUCAAUAAGAUUUUAAAUACAGUAUUGAGCACUGUCAUUACAUGUAUGCUGGCACUAGUCAUGUUUUCCAUGGGCUGCACUGUGGAUAUCAAAAAAUUCUGGGGCCACAUAAAGCGCCCCUGGGGAAUAGCAGUAGGGUUUCUUUGCCAAUUUGGAAUAAUGCCUCUUACAGCCUUUGUAUUAUCUAUUGCAUUUGAUAUACUUCCCGUUCAAGCUGUUGCAGUUUUAAUAAUGGGUUGCUGUCCUGGAGGCACGAGCUCCAACAUCUUGGCAUAUUGGGUAGAUGGUGACAUGGAUUUGAGUAUAAGCAUGACAACAUGUUCAACACUUCUGGCCCUGGGCAUGAUGCCUUUGUGUCUCUUUCUGUACACCAAAAAGUGGGUCGAUUCUAAUGACAUUGUAAUCCCCUAUGAUAGUAUUGGUAUUUCUCUAGUAACAUUAGUAGUGCCUGUUGGAAUAGGAAUAUUUGUUAACCACAAGUGGCCUAAACAGGCUAAGAAAAUCCUCAAGGUUGGCUCAGUUACAGGAGCAAUUCUUAUUGUGCUGAUAGCAGUCAUUGGUGGAGUUCUAUAUAAGGGAUCCUGGACUAUUGCACCAUCAUUAUGGAUUGUGGGAACAAUAUUUCCAGCCGCUGGAUACACCUUUGGAUUCUUCUUAGCCUAUAUAUCUAAACAAACAUGGAGAAGAUGUCGCACAGUGGCACUAGAAACAGGGAUGCAAAACACCCAGCUUUGUACCACCAUCGUGCAGCUCUCAUUUUCCCCUGACGAUCUUGCCCUAAUGUUCACGUUUCCGCUUAUCUACAGUAUUUUUCAGCUUGUGUUUGCCUUUAUAUUUGUAGGAGGCUACAAGGUGUAUGAGCGAUGCUGUAGGAAGGAAGAGGAAAAUGAAGAAGAAAAUAUUGAAGAAGAAAAUAAACCUAAUGCACUAAAUGGAGAAAUAAAUGAAGGGUUUCAAAUGGAGAACAAAGCUAGCAGCUGAAGACAUUACUAAUGUGCAUGGUUCUGUAGGCUAAUAGUCUAUAUACCUUAUAGUUUUGAAUGACUGAGUCUUCGCUUUAAAGACAAAACAGAGAUUUGUCUUCUGGCUUCUAUGCAAGGCUUUCCAAUAUAGAGAUAUUAUUUGACCAAUUAUUAUUAUUAUACCCAGGUAUUUCUUGAUUAAUAUUGGUCAUUAUCCCUGAAAUAUGGUUAAUAUUGUAUAGGAUGUAUUGUACUGGACAUUGUUUUGUGUAUAUUAAGAUUGCUUUGGAUGGUAUUGUACAAGCCACCCAUAAAAUUUGUACAGGAUGUAUUAUACUGCACCUUUAUUUUAAUUUAUAUAAUAAGAUGCUAUUGUAAAAGUAUUGUGUUAUUUCAAACAUUUUAAAUAAUUUAUAUUAUAGAAUGGAAACUAA